CUGCAGACAAACAUGCAGGUAGAACACUGUAUACAUAAUAAAUAAAUAAAUAUUUUAAAAGCUCAAAAAAGGAGAAAAUAUAACAACGAGAAGAGGAGAAGCUAUGUGAGGCUGUGAGCAGAGACCGCUAUGCAGAGAGGGACCAUGUCCAGAAUAGCAGAGGCUGUGGAUGCUGAGGAUCUAACCCGGGUCUCAUGUAUGCCAGGCCGGUGCCCCACCCUGAGCUACACCCCACCCCAACCCACCUAAUUGAAUGCACAGCUGUCCCACAGCCCAUGGAGCCGAGGCCUGCCGCCAGAUGCAAAGAGAACGUGGCCCCGAAGACUCCGACUGUCCUGGGGCCAGAGCUGAAGAGACCCCGGAGGAACCUGGACAUCGGCCUGGGGAGUAGAGGAGGCAGGAGGAUGCCCAUGUGCCAGGCCGCCACACGCUCCCAAGGCUCGGUGCUGUGCCAGAAACCUUACCAAGUCCAAAGCAAUCUGACCAGUCCUUGUCCCCGCCCGGCCCUUGCCCUGAAGGCUACAACUGGCCAACUAGGUGACGCAGGUCUCUGGCAGCAGAGUAACAUACAGCUUCCAGCAGGGAGGUCCCAAUCGAGGGCCCGAGAACCCUUUGCACAGCAGAGUAACCUGUGCUUCCGAGGGACCACCAGCCCCCGUCUGUGCAACAGCUGCCUGCCACCAACUGGCCCCUCCUCCUACCAGAGGCGGACACUCCAGGCCAUGGACACCCCCUCCUUGGACUUGAGACUCUGUGGGGCCUUGGCACCUCUUGAUGGGGGCUCAAGGCCUGGCCCCAGGCCCUGGUGUGGUUCAGGGAGCUGGGCAUCCAGGCUUGUGGAGGAGCCGCUCACCUUGGAGGACUUGUCUGUCCCCGCCCACAGUCAGUCUUGGGUCCCAUCCCGCUCCCUGUGCAGCGCUGACCACUGGCUGCUGGACUCCAUCCAACACUUAGACCCUGAGGCAACCGGUUCAAGGAGCCCGGCCUGCCAGGAACACCCAGGCCCCACACAGAGGAGGGCACAUACCCGCGGAGGCCAGCCAGCCCCUACCCAACCCUGGCCCCACCACCCUGGGGAACGUAUAAACCUCCUGGGGACUCUUGGGACCCAAGCUAGACUCUCAGAGUCCCCUGUAAACCAGCCCCUGUUCCACGAGGCCACCCUGGGGACACUGGCUGGGGAUUUCUCUAACUCAUACCAGGAGGCCCUUUCUACCCAGCACCUUGGGGCAAGAGAGAGGGACUCCCCAGACCUUCCAUCUAACAAGAGGAACAAAGGGCACUUCAGGGUCACACGAGAAGCAGGUAGCAGAGAGGCCAGAUUCGAAUCUCCAACCUUCUUCAGUGUCCUGCCUAGGCAGGCAGGAAGAGAGAAGACCCCACAGGAGAAAGCAGUCAGGGAUGGGGAGCGAAUGGCUUCGUGCCCAUCAAAUACAGCCCCAGAUCAGAGUGCUCUACAGAGCAAGGCUCAAAGUGUUGGGACCUCGGAUCCCCAGGCAGCGUGCCAGAAGCUGCUGUCCAGAAGUUUCAGAGCCUGGAGGCGUUUGUCGCAGAGGCACCAGGCAGCAGCUAAGGCCUUAGCUCUGAGCCUCAGAUUACUGCGCUGGGCCCGGGAGGCCCGGCUGGAGGCAGCUUGGGGGCAACAUGCAGAGGCUCUGCUGGCCUGGAGCUUCCGAGAGGAGAGACGUGUUGCUUUGCAGCAGAAACAGGAGCUACCCCACACCCAGGCUGUGUCUCCGUUCCUUGCUUCUAGGGGAAGCCCUUCCUUGGGAAGAAAAGCAGCCACAGACCUUGCCUGGAAAUGCAGGUGCUUCAGGGCCUGGCAACGGUUCGUGCAAAGAGGGGCCCGGUGCAGGAGACACCUGGCCCACCGAAGGGUGAGGGUCCUGAGGAUUUGCUUGGGACAGUGGGUGGAGAUGAAGCAGCUCCAGGCCUCAAAUGUGACAAAGGUGUCUCAGUUGGCCCUCUACCGGCGGAAGGCAGGGAAUAAGGCCCUCAGCAUCUUAGUCCCAGGAACUGCCACUUCCCAUUGCCUGGAGACAGUGGUCCAGGCCCAGCAGCUACCCAAGGAGUCCGAUCCGUGCUCCCUGUGGGAAGCCUGCCAAAGGCUGGCCCUCCACCGGGUCCUGCUGCUCUGGAGGACACGACUCUACCAGCACCAGCAAGCCUUCUCCUUUCUUCAGGGCAUGCAGAAGCGGGCUCUGCACCAAGUCCUGAAUCAGUGGCGCUUAAGGGGCUGGGGUCCGGCCCCUCCCUCAAGCAGAGUGGAGGCCCUGUUAGCCCUGCAGCCGUGGACCAACAGCCUGAGAGGGGAAGCCUGGCUGGGCUGCAGAACAUCAGGGGAAUCACUGGAGAAGGUGCGGGCCCAGCAGACCCAGGGUGCAGUGAGGUUGUACUGGCAUACCCUCCAGAGGCGCUAUUUCCAGGCCUGGUGUGAACGAGUAAGGGACAUAGGAGUGUCCCAGGACCAUCGUCAAGCCAUCCAGGAUGACCUGGGAGGAGACCUGGGGGCCACACUUGCUAACUCACAGGAGGCCUGCAGAGCAGGGCCCCAGACACAGGAUAGGUGGAUGACCCAGGCCUCUGUCCUGGGCUGGAGAAGCUUUCUGCAAGAGUGUGGAGCUGCCGGGCCGCCGCCGAGGAGGGCCCAGGCCCGGCAGGCUUUUGUGGUAUGGCGAGUCGCCCUAGGGCAGUACCGUGAGGCCCAGCAACAGGCAGGAAGGAGAGCUCAAGUCCUGAGCCCAGUCCAGGUGGCCCUGUGCUGGGUCCUGUGGAUGCAUGAUUCCUACCUAGGCCAGGUCCACCAAGCUCACGCUGCCCAGCAGCUGACAUCCAGGGUCCUAGAGGUCUGGAUGCAGUUAGCAGCCCAGGCUCAUGUCCAUCGAGCUGAUGUCACCCACUGCUGGUGGAGGCUUCAGUGUCUCCUUAGGACCCGCUGGGUUCAGUGGCCGUCAACCCCAUUGAGAUGGAGGCUGGAGCCACAGACCCAGGCACAGGGCAUGGACUUCAGGUACUGGCUGACGUUGGCCAGCAGAGGGUGCCUCCUGCAACUGGACACCCCAAACUUUUUGAUACAGAUCCACGGCUGCGGGACACACAAUGUGCUGUCCUGCCCGGCAUGGCAGCAUGGAAGAGGCAUACAGAGGACCACGUCCUGUGUUCUGAGUGACACAGAGAGGCCCCUCCACCUAACCUUCCAGUUCUGGCUGCCACUGCCUGCACGGGCACGGCCCUCAACAGGACUAGAACUCUGCAGCUCUGGGGCCAGGGCCAUCCAGGGCUACAGAGAAGCUCUUCAAAGGAAUAGGCACCUACAGUGUCGGCAUAUCCAGGCUUCCCAGCAGGCCAGGUGUCUGGCAAGGGCAUGGCAGCGCUGGGUAGACGUUCACUGGGUGGAGCAGCUGUCUCGGAGUCUGGUGGGUAGGCUUAGUUCGUCCUCUCUACCCUGCAGAGGCCCUGGGAGCAACUUCUCUCAUUCAUCUCAUUCCUUGGUCCAAAGCCUUGGGGACGGCACUCAGGAGCCUUUGUCUGUCUGCCAACAUUUCUUAGAUGACGGCCCCUUGUCACCUCCCUUCCACCCUGGGGUGGCAGAAGUAGAAGGGCCAGGGCUGCCAGGACAGCGAGAUGUAGUCUCCUGUACCAACUCCCUCUGCAGCACAGACAACGGCACCUGGAACAGGCCUGGAGGACAUGGCGGAAAAAGGUCCUUCAGCUGCAGGUGGCUCAGCGGCUGUACCAGCAAGAAGAGAGCCGGGUCCUCUCCCAGGUGGCCCUACCCCUCCUGGCCAGCCUUCCAAAACCAGUGUCACCUUUGGGCUGAGCCAGGGAGAGGGGAGGGGUUGUCCCUGCUCAGCACCCUGAGGGCUCCUCAUUCAGUAAGUUGGUCAGUGGUUACAGAGCUCACAGCCUGGACAUGAGAGACCAGUGUCACAGUCACUCACUCUGAGAACCAGGCUGUUUGUGGCACUGGCUGCCCAUACUGGUCUCUGUAGGGCCUGGGUCAAGCAAGGCUUCUCAUUUGCAGGUCACUGAGCACAGCUUCCCAGGUCACAAGUCCGGUCUAUACAGGGCCUGUAUGAUUGGGCAGAGGAAAGGGCCUCUGGUUGGGACAGUGCGUAGCUCAGGUGUGAGUCUUGACAGGCCUAGUCAGGCCCUGGUGGGAGCCUGAGACAAAUGACAUUUCUUGUCCCUCCCUGCUUCUAGGCCUUUGAAAAGUGGUACCAGCGCCUGGUAGCCAGGAGCCCACUAGAGGAACUAGCAGCAGCCUGUGUCCUGGAAACCUUGACCGUGGCCCGGACAUAGCAGGUGUGGGGCAGAGCAGGACCCAGCAGCAGUUUUGCUAUGGAAUCUUCCCGAGACAUGAACAGAACAGAACCAAGCCUAGCCCCCUGGGAGAAGGAACAGGCCCACAGCUGGAGGGGUCAGCUCCCAGAGCUCAGGGGAGGGGGCAAUAAAAGGACCCCUUCAUCCUGA